AUGUACCAAAAACUAAAACGACAACUGCAAAGGCGGUUAUCCAGCACCUCCUCGUUGGACGCCAAUGGGGGCAGUACCAGUGGGUCCAGCGGCAGUUCCAAGAAACCACUGUUACCAGAAACCACCAAGGACACGGUGAGAACCAUCCCCCCAUCCUCGGGCAAUUUUUCCAGCAACUUUGGCGACACUGGCAUUCCUGCCCAUGCCUACGUGACACUUGCUACGGCAGUGAUUGCGCUCAGCAGUGUUGGACCUUCCUUUGAUUUGCAACAUGGCGUGGCCCCGAUUCUCAAGGUUUAUUGGAGAAUGACCGGCACUUGGAUAGUCCUGUUAAUACCCACCAUUCUCGCUGUGGCCAAGGAUGGAUGGCCCAAACUUAACCGACAACAAGCCAUUACCUUUUUGGGUGCUUCCUUUUGUUAUGCCGUCAUGGGUGUUGGAUUUGUCCUGUCACUCGAGUACACAUCGGUGGGAAACGCCGUGAUUUUUAGCAAUACCAAUGCACUGAUACUCCUGUUUGGACGCUUUCUGAUUGGAAGUCCCAUCUCAGCUUUGGAAAGCGGUGGAUCUGCUGUGGCAUUUUUGGGGGGUAUACUUUGCACCUAUGAUCAAGCAGAAGCUGUCGAAGCCACGGCAAUGCCAGCAUCAGAGUCAUCAGUGGCGGAAGUGGCACCCAUAUGGCAGGGCAUUCUUGGAGAUGUAAUUGCCGUCAUUGCGGCUGCAGGAGGCUGCUGUUAUUUGGUACUGGCGUCGACUGUCAGAGCAAGAUUCCCCUCGCUUUAUACAUUCAUGUUUUCAAACAUGCUUAUUGGAUCCCAGAUCACCUUGCUAUGCAUUGUCAUUUCUGGACAAGAGAUUGAGUUUUCGAGAGACGUCCAUAUUGGUCUAUUUGGGUUUCUUAGUUUUCGAUAUGAUCGGCUCCCAUUGGAAAUGUUCUUGCGUAGCCACGUUGAUGGAACCCGUAGUGGCAUCAUCCCUGGCUUAUGGGGUUGGUGUAGGUUCUCUGCCAGGAUUUUUGGGGAUGGUGGGGAACAUACUUGUGGGAAUGGGCACGCUCCUAGUCAUCAACCCAGGUGGAGCAAAGAAGAAGGAAUCUUGCAAUUGACGGAGGGAAAUCAUUUUUCCAACAAACUUAAUGAUGCGCUGGCUGCUACCGGUAUGGACACUAUGCAAUUCUUUGAAACCUACCCUGGAAUUUUUUAUGCCAUGCCCGAUCAUGUCCAAACUGCCAGAGCAAUCUUGGUGUGGAAUGAGGUCCAUGAGCUGUUGUGGCUGCUCAAGGAGCAAUGUCGCGUUUAA